AUGAAGUUCCUCGGCGUCGUCACCUCUCUUGCUCUCGCUUCCACCGCCGUCGCGGCACCGGGAUGGACUCCGUGGCAGCAGGGCGGCAAGCCUCAGGGCCCCUCGAGCUGUCUCACCCAGAACGACGCCAACGACAUCGUCAACAAGUUCAUCAGCGUCCUCGACCACCCUGACGUCGACGCUUCGAACGCCACCGCUCAAGCCUUGAUAGCCGACGGAUUCUUCGAGAAGAGCGACUCUAUCAAUCUGCUAGCAGGCUUUCCGGCUGGCUCCGACUCCUUCAGCGGCAAAGCACAAUACAUCCAGGGCGUCCUCCUCGCGCCGUCCGUCACGGGCAUCAACACCAACAUGAUCCUCCCCGCCGGCUGCACCAAGGUGGUGUGGUACUGGACCUUCACGGGCAUCGGCAGCAAGCAACUCCCCGUCAACGGCAUCAACAUCUUCGACAUCACGCCCGACAAGAAGCAGAUCGCCGCCACGUACGUCGAGUUCAACAGCAUCGCCUGGGGCAUCGACACGGGCUACACGGUCUACGGCCCCGACGGCACCAAGCUGCCCCUGGCCUAG